UAACUACCUUACAUAUAUGAUAAAUCUCAAAUAAAAACAAUAUUUUAGUAUGAUGUUAUUUUCUUAAAAAGUAGACGUGUGACAAUUUUACCAGUAUAAAUAUCACAUUUGUAAAUUUAAAUCAAUAUAUCCAUAAAAACAAUAUUUUCUCCAUUAAUAGAUAGUAGUGUUGUGUUAGUUAAGGUAAAGAUAAGAUAUGUUUCUAGGAAAAACGUGGCUAAUUAUAUGUUUGUACAAGUAUGUAAACAAAAUAUAAUAUGGUAAAACCAGCUGGGAAAUAUCAAUUAUAAUCAAAUAUAUUAAAGAAAAAAAACUAAAAUAAGAAGAUUAAUUAAUUAGUGUAAAUAUUCCCAAUAAAAUCUCUUUUGUCCUCGUCAAACCUUCCGAUUUACAUGUAUGAUGAUUUAUCUCUUGUCCCCUUCAUUCGCUAUAAAAAUGAAAUAAAAAUAACCAAAAAAAAAUAAAAGUUUUAUCUUUCUACAGAAACCAUGACUUUCGCUAACUUUACUCCUUUUUAAACUCAUAUUUCCCCUCACUCCACUCUCUCCUCUCCUCUCUCUAACAAGAGCUCCGGCGAGAGUUCACCGUAACAACCCCACCGGGAAAAAACAACCUAUAGAAUUUCAUGGAAGAAGAAGCUCAUGAAUUCUUACACACAGCGGAUCAUUUCGCCGUAGAUGACCUCUUGGUGGAUUUCUCUAACGAUGAUGACGAGGAAAAUGAUGUCAUUGUUGAUUCCGACGGCGCUAACACUGCCUUAGCCGUGACCGACAGCUCUAACUCCUCCUCGUUAUCCCCCGUAGGUCUCACUAGUUUCCAAGGUGAUGUUCAAGACGGCACCAGCUUCUCCGGCGACCUUUGCGUACCGAGUGAUGAGCUGGCUGAGCUGGAGUGGCUGUCUAACUUCGUGGAGGACUCGUUCUCGACCGACGACGUACAGAAGCUACAGCUAAUAUCCGGUUACAAAGCCCGACCCGACCCGAAACCCGAACCGGAAAACCCGAAUAGCAGCAGUCCGAUUUUCACCACUGACGUCUCCGUGCCGGCCAAAGCCAGGAGCAAACGUUCACGCGCCGCAGCGUGUAACUGGGCCUCACGUGGGCUUCUCAUGGAAGCCGUUUACGACAACCCGUUCACCGGAGAAACCAUUCUCUCCCGCCACCACCUCUCUCCUCCGACCUCGCCGGCGUCCAUGACACAACCCGUGAAAAAGCAAGCCCUCGACGGGUUCCGGCGAAAGAAAGAUUUUUUGCUGGACUCCGGCGCAGAGGAACGGCGGUGUCUCCACUGCGCCACCGACAAGACGCCGCAGUGGCGGACGGGUCCAAUGGGCCCGAAGACGCUGUGCAACGCUUGCGGCGUGAGGUACAAAUCGGGGCGUCUGGUGCCGGAGUACCGGCCGGCGGCGAGUCCGACGUUCGUGUUGGCGAAGCACUCGAAUUCUCAUCGGAAAGUUAUGGAGCUCAGGCGACAGAAGGAGAUGACGAAGGCCCACCAUGAGUUCAUACAUAACCAUCACGGUACGGAGACUGCCAUGAUUUUCGACGUCUCGUCGGAUGGUGAUGAUUACUUGAUCCACCACAACGUUGGCCCAGAUUUCGGACAGCUUAUCUGAUCGAUCCCUUGUCUUUUUUCUUUACUUCCAAUAAUUAGGGAUAUCUUAUUAGAUCAAAGUUUUGCUAAUCUUGAUUAUGAUGAUGACAAUUCACUCUCUUUCUUGCGUUAUUUUGGGAAUUUGUUAGAAGCUUUUCUUGCUUUUUUUCAUGACAUAUGAAAUGAAUUUUAAUAUAGUUUUAUUUGGUUAAAUCUA